AUGGUGUCUGACCAACAAAUAGCUGAAGCUUUACAAUCUUUAAUUUGGCAAACAAACCCUAAUUCUUUCACUUCACUCAACCAAGUUAUUCUUCAAUUGCAAUCCAAUUUAGGGUUUGAUCUUUCUAACAAAAUUGAUUUCAUUCGUGCUCAUAUUAGUCUUUUGUUCAAUUCUCAGCCUCCUCCUCCUCCUUCUGUUCCUGUUCCGCCGCCGUCGAUUGUAUCUACUGUGAAUGCUUCUUUGAUUGUCAAUCCUCAAUCUCAUUUUCAAACUUGUUGUUCAUCAACAACAGAGGGUUUUCAUCACCCUCCACCACCUGCGGUUCAAUCUUAUUUUCCCAAUGGUCCUACUGAAAUUAACUUUGCUCAACCUGGUAAUGGAACUAUUGCUGCUGAUGCUCUUUCCUCACCUUCGGCUAAAGAAAGUACCCAAAGUCGGCCCAAAAGAAGAGGAGGUCCGGGAGGGCUGAACAAACUUUGUGGUGUUACACCCCAACUUCAGACAAUUGUGGGCCAACCAGCCUUGCCAAGAACAGAGAUUGUCAGGCAACUUUGGGCAUAUAUAAGAAAGAACAAUCUCCAAGAUCCGAGUAACAAAAGAAAGAUAAUAUGCAAUGAUGAGUUGCGAUUGGUAUUUGAAGUUGACUGUACGGAUAUGUUUCAGAUGAACAAGCUGCUGGCAAAACAUAUUAUUCCUCUUGAUCCCACAAAGGUUCCAGAACCACCAUCCAAGAAAGCUAAGGUUGAGGAAUAUGAAGUUCCAAGCACCGAACCUGCUAGCUCUCCUUCUAUUGUGAUAUCUGAAGCACUGGCCAAAUUUUUUGGAACAAGCGAGAAGGAAAUGCUUCAAUCUGAGGUUUAUAAGCGUAUUGAAGAAUACAUUAAGACAGAAGGCUUGGAGGUAGUUCGUGCUGCACGGGGUAAGUUCGAAAGGAAAAAGCCCCAUGUAAAUAUAGGCACAAUUGGCCAUGUCGACCAUGGAACAGAUGGAAGUUAUGGAACAGAUGUUGAGACUCCCAACAUUGGGCAAGAAGCUACUCCAACAUUCGGAACUCGCAAGAGAAAAUGGACAUCAGAUUGUUGGGACCAUUACAAUACUUUCGAUGGUGAUGAAUUCGCUGAUAAGAGGCCAAGAGCUUACUUACCCAAAGUCGGCCCAAAAGAAGAGGAGACCUUUAUUGCAGUACCCAAAGUCGGCCCAAAAGAAGAGGAGGUCCGGGAGGGCUGAACAAACUUUGUGGUGUUACACCCCAACUUCAGACAAUUGUGGGCCAACCAGCCUUGCCAAGAACAGAGAUUGUCAGGCAACUUUGGGCAUAUAUAAGAAAGAACAAUCUCCAAGAUCCGAGUAACAAAAGAAAGAUAAUAUGCAAUGAUGACUUGCGAUUGGUAUUUGAAGUUGACUGUACGGAUAUGUUUCAGAUGAACAAGCUGCUGGCAAAACAUAUUAUUCCUCUUCAUCCCACAAAUAUAUCAAAAUUUCUAGAUCUUUCUAUUAUACUUCCUCUGGAUUUUAUUAGUUGCUACAGUUUCUGUAGCAACUACUGUUCAUCAACCGAUCUUAUUUGAUAUAUUCCUCCAUGUAUAAUGUAAAACAUAGUCAAGUGAGAUCUUGUUUGAUUCACCUUAAUACGUAUUUUUAUAAUAUUAACUUUUUAAAAAUUUUUAUCAUAAGAAAUUAAAGAUAUUAAACAUUAAAAUCGUGCAUUGAAUAGCGUAAAAAACAGAAGUGUAGCAACUAUUAAAAACCAGAGGAAGUAUAUCCUUAUCUAUCAUAGCCUUCUUGAUUCCAUUCUGAUUGUUGCAGAGGUUCCAGAACCACCAUCCAAGAAAGCUAAGGUUGAGGAAUCUGAAGUUCCAAGCACCGAACCUGCUAGCUCUCCUUCUGUUGUGAUAUCUGAAGCACUGGCCAAAUUCUUUGGAACAAGCGAGAAGGAAAUGCUUCAAUCUGAGGUUUAUAAGCGUAUUGAAGAAUACAUUAAGACAGAAGGCUUGGAGGUAGCUGAAUGUUUGUUUCCGACCUCCCUUUUUUAUGCUUAUACUUUUUAAGUUAAUUUUGUCACAUUUCCUGGUCACUAGUGUCGUUUAAAGAUUUUCGUGUUUCAUGUAUGUUAAUUACCACACCACUUGCUAAUCUUGCUCACCUUUUGCAUAAACUAAUGUCAAGUGCGUUUGUUACGAGUAGGGAUUGAAUCUCUCAAACAUGGUCAUUAGGUCUUGAUCACAAUUCAGUUUAACAUGAUUCAUCUUCCAAACAUACCAAAUGAGGGAUUUUCAGGUAUAAGCUUGUUAGUUUUAAUGCACUCAUCUUCCCAAUCCAUUACCAAAUCCAGCAAAGUUACUUUAUCCUUACCAUCUACAUCCAAGUCUACUUCAACACACAACCAUUUAAAAUAUAAAACCACAUGUUCAGGCAUUCUGCAUUUUCUGAAAAGAACUGUAAGAAAAUAGGGAAGAAAAACAAAACAAAAAGCCCUAAUUUAUCAUUGAAUUCAACCUUCAAGUUUGUUGACAAUUUUGGGAAGAAACACAAAAAAAAGGCCCUAAUUCCAAUCAACAAAUCAACAAUUCCAAUAAACCUAUUAAUUUUGGGAAGAAACACAAAACAAAAAGCCUAAUUUAUUAUUGAAUUCAACCUUCAUGUUCAUUGACAAUUUUGGGAGGAAACACAAAAAAAAUAAAAAUUAAAAUAAGCCCUAAUUCCAAUCAACAAAUCAAACAUGACGGAAUCCAAUCAAAAAAUCAGCAAUUCCAAUCAACCUAUCAAUUUAGGGAAGAAACACCAAAAAAAGCCCUAAUUUAUUUUUGAAACCCUAGUUUUUCGGAUUCAAGAGGGAAAUUCGCUAGUAGUAGUUCGCAGCUAAACACAAAAAAAGCCCUAAUUUCGCUAGAUUUCGAAUAAGGGAACUAUUCUAGAAGCCAUACCUGUGUUGGAUAUUGCUUGUAGAUUUCGAAGAAGGAGGGAGAUGGUGAAGGACAGUUCGCAGCAGGAAGGAGAUGGUGCAGGACAGUAUCGCAGGAGUGGAAUUCGAAAUUAGAUGGGGUGACAUGCUUUGACAUCUAUUUUAACGGUCAAACAAACGUUUUUAAGUGUUUAAGGCUAUGAAAAACUUAAAUGCAAAUGUUAGAUGUUACUAUUUGGAAAAAUCUUACAAAAAUGUUGCUAUUCACGUUUAAUGAAAGUUCGAUGCUACCAUGUCAAAUUUCCCUUAAAUGAAUAAUAAAAUAUACUAACCUUGAGAAAACGCCUCGAGACUUCUGUGCACGGAGAAAGUUGAGGAGAGGAGAGAAACGAGAGGUGACAGUAGCAACUAAAAAAUAAUGAAAUUACGAUUUACGACUCGAAUACUCUGUUAUUGGGAAAAUUAAAUUAGGACCUUAUUUAGUUUUGGUAUUAUUUAUUUAUUUUAUUUUUAUUUAUUAAAAAUUAAAAAUAGAGUUAAAGUUUAAUAAAUACGAGAUAUAACCACUAUAUAUCAAAUAAUGAAACAUACUAAUUCCAUGGUUUAAGGCUAUUUGUAUUUUAUAUU